AUGGCUCCCCCCAAGUCCGCCUUCGAGUUCCUCGACUUCGUCAAUGCCUCGCCGACGCCUUACCACGCCGUCGCCGAAUCUGCCCGCCUCCUCGAUGCCGCCGGCUUCACCAAGAUCCAGGAGCGCGACAACUGGGCUUCGACCGUCAAGCCCGGCGGCAAGUACUACACAACUCGCAAUGGCUCUUCGGUCGUGGCCUUCGCCGUUGGCGCGAAGUGGAAGCCGGGCAACCCGAUCGCCAUGGUCGGCGCCCACACAGACUCGCCGUGCCUCCGGGUCAAGCCUCACAGCAAGCGCACCGCGAACGGUUACCUGCAAGUUGGCGUCGAAACAUACGGCGGCGGCAUAUGGCACAGCUGGUUUGACCGUGACCUGAGCGUGGCGGGCCGGGUGCUGGUGCGCGAGGGCGAGGGCGAGGGCAAGUUCGUGCAGAAGCUGGUCAAGGUCGACAAGCCGAUCGUGAGGAUCCCCACUCUGGCCAUCCACCUGCACCGGCAGACCAACUUCGACCCCAACAAGGAAGACGAGCUGCUGCCCAUCGCGGGCCUGGCCGAGGCCGAACUGAACAAGGCGGCGGAGCCUGAGACGAAACCGGAGGGUGACUUCCAGCCCCUGGCGGCGAUGCCCGAGCGCCACCACCCGGCCUUCCUCUCCCUCGUCGCUCAACACGCCGGCGUCGACGUCUCCCAGAUCGUCGACUUCGAGCUCAUCCUCUACGACACGCAAAAGUCCUGCCUCGGCGGCCUCAACGACGAGUUUAUCCUCUCAGCCCGCCUCGACAACCUCAACAUGACCUUCUGCAGCAUCAAGGGCAUCAUCUCCUCGGCCCAAUCGACCUCGCUCGACAACGACACCAGCAUCCGCCUGGUCGCCUGCUUCGACCACGAAGAGAUCGGCUCCCUCUCCGCGCAGGGCGCCGACUCCAACCUGCUCCCGGCCAUCCUGCGGCGCCUGUCCGUCCUCCCAGCCGAGGGCACCUCCGCCUCGGAGCUCGCAGCGUCCACCGCAUUCGAGCAGACCUGCGCGACGUCCUUCCUCCUCUCCGCCGACAUGGCGCACGCGGUGCACCCCAACUACGCGGCCAAGUACGAGCGGCACCACACCCCGGCCAUGAACGGCGGCCCCGUCAUCAAGAUCAACGCCAACCAGCGCUACGCCACCAACUCGCCCGGCAUCGUGCUCGUCCAGGAGGUCGCCCGCGCCGCCCGCGUGCCCCUGCAGCUCUUCGUCGUCAAGAACGACUCCCCCUGCGGCAGCACCAUCGGGCCCAUGCUGUCGGCUAAGCUCGGCCUGCGCACCCUCGAUAUGGGUAACCCCCAGCUGAGCAUGCAUAGCAUCCGGGAGACGGGCGGCUCUGCUGAUGUCGAGAGUGCUGUGCGUCUGUUUGAGGGGUUUUUGGGACGGUUUGGGGAGCUGGAGGGGAGGAUCCUGGUGGAUUGA